GAAUACGUUGUUAGCUAUGAUGUUGGCGUGUCAACGAUUUGUGAGUGUUGUAAGAAACUCAAGGACCAACAGCGGGGUGUUGAUUUGUUUCAGAAGAACAUGGUAAAUUAGCAGCAUAACAAAUUCAAGCUGUCUAUAUGCAAUGUCCCCAAUGUCUGCUAUGGCUCAGGUGGGGUUGUUGUUGCAAAUAUCAACCUUGAAACCCAAGAUUGGCCACAGACUAUUGACAUGACAUUGUGUUAUAUUGGCGCAGGGAUUAUUCGGUGUUCCAGAAUUGAGUACUCCGGCUGGCUUCGAGGUGGUUUAGCAUCGAGCGCUCAGUGAAACGGAACAGCUGGUAGACACAGCCUGCAGUAACCCACCAGGCGCCCUCACCGUGGAAACCUUCGAUCAACUGGCUGACAGCCUGUGCAAAGUGGCAGAUUUGGUCAUGUCUCACAGUCACACUUUGCUUAAUAAAUCAUACAGUGAUAUCAACGAUUGGUAUCAGUCUGAUUUAUUAUUUAGUCACACUCAGAGAUCAUUGGCAUCAAUGUUGUUGUCAAGCCAAGCUCCUCCCUGUGUAGAUAUAAUAUGAUACACUCAUGAUGUUGUAGGCUAUUUAUUUUCUUACAGGCAGAUUUUGUCAAAGUAGGCCUUCCAGCCCCUGCGUUUCGGAAUGCUGCUCAGAAGGCAUGCAUAAACAUUGGGACAGUAAUCGAAAAGUAUGAGCCCUCUUCUGUAAUUUCUCUAGUAAAGUAUUACAUGAUGUCAAGCAAAACAAAUGUUUAAUAUAUGCUUUCUCUGAUGUUUUCUAUAUUUUGCCCAGAUAGGCUGAACACUAAUGUCGAACUAUGUAGGAGUCUCAAGAACCUAUUAGAUAACAAAGAGAUUCUGGACACUUUGGAACCAGAUACAAGGCAUGUACUAUUCUUCAUCAAUUAAAGAGAUUCUCUGGUACUUUUGUAUACUUUUUAGUCAGUAGUUCUGAAAGUAGCCAAAAUUGGGCCCCGAAAAUGGCAUACUAUGGAAUUUACAGUAUGUGCAGAUAUGUACACCACAUCAUUGCUCACUCUGCUUUACGUGACCCUCACUCAAAUGGUGAGGAGCUGAAGCUCAUUGGCUAGAACUCGAAUUGCUAGGGGCAGGCCCAAGUGGGGGAAAAUGUAGGGAAAAUGGCGCAGCACAGCUUCCAGAAAAACAGUCUCUUUGAAACUAGGGAUUUUGUGGCUAAUUGAGGUGAGACAGUAAUUCUGCUCAUAGAUUAUGCAUGUAUGAACUACACAUUGACACAUCCAGCCCAAAGCGGGAGGUUUAAAAAUUACUUAGUAGUCGCCAAAGUUCCGGAGCAUGUCUUUAAAUCCUUUUUUAUUAUCUUCCUGUUUGUAUGAUGUGUAGCAGUGCAUCUUGUCUUACAGAUAUUUCACAAUAUAUUUGGCAGGAGAGUAGCAGAACUGUUCAUGUUUGAUUUUGAGAUCAGUGGCAUUCAUCUGGAUGAUUCAAAGGUUAGUGGUGUAAUAGGCUAGCCUGGGUACCAGUCUAUUUAUAGCUAACAUUCCACUCCUUGCCACUCCUUGUCAUAUGGGCUCCCGAGUGGCGCAGCGGUCUAAGGCACUGAAUCUCAGUGCUAGAGGCGUCACUACAGACCCUGGUUCGAUUCCAGGCUGUGAUUGGGAGUCUCAUAGGGCGGUGCACAAUUGGCCCAGCGUUGUCCGGGUUUGGCCAGUGUAGGCCGUCAUUAUAAAUAAGAAUUUGUUCUUAACUGACUUGCCUAGUUAAAUAAAGGUUAAAUAAAAAAUAAUAAUAUGCAAACGUUCUAACUUAAUUCAUAAAUUAUAUUGGAAACAUUCUAACAUUGGGCAUUCUGGUGUAAUACAUUUUCAUUGUAAAUAUACUGAACAAAAUAUAAACGCAACAUAAUGUCAGAUUUUACUGAGUUACAGUUCAUAUAAGGAAAUCAGUCAAUUGAAAUAAAUGAUUUAGUCCCUAAUCUAUGGAUUUCACAUGACUGGGAAUACAGAUAUGCAUCUGUUGGUCACAGAUACCCCCCCCAAAAAGGUAGGGGUGUGGAUCAGAAAACCAGUCAGUAUCUGGUGUGACCACCAUUUGCCUCAUGCAGCGCAACACAUCUCCUUUGCAUAGAGUUGAUCAGGCUGUUGAUUGUGGCCUGUGUAAUGUUGUCCCACUCCUCUUCAAUUGCUGUGCAAAGUUGCUGGAUAUUGGCGGGAACUGGAACACGCUGUCGUUCAUGUCGAUCGCCCAAGCACAACGCCAUACAUGUGGUCUGCGGUUGUGAGGCCUGUUGGACGUACUGUCAAAUUCUCUAAAAUGACAUUGGAGGCAGCUUAUGGUAGAGAAAUUAACAUUCAGUUGUCUGGCAACAGCUCUGGUGGACAUUCCUGCAGUCAACAUGCCAAUUGCACACUCCCUCAAAACCUAUGACAUCUGUGCCAGUGGAGAUGCAUGAAUUGCGCAAGAGAUCGCCAAAAGGCUAGUGUCUCUGGCAAUGACAAGGAGUGGAAUGUUAGCUAAAGAGACUGGUACUCUGGCUAGUAAUAAGCUAUUAAUGUAAUUUCUAUCACUGACACUUCAUGGAAUAUAUUUUGUGAUCCAUUUUUGUCAUGUACUCAUUCACUAUGAAUUUGCUAUCCAACUAUACCACAUCCUCAGGGAAGUAUAACCACAAUGUGAGCGUAACCUUAACAGCAUCUCUUUCACCUUUAUGUUUCACUGUGUGACUCUUUAUUUCUCAGAGAGGGAAGGCAGCAGGGGCGGUGUGUUCAUUAGGGCGAUAUGGGCGACGCACUGCCAAACGGGAAAAGGAAGGGAUUUUUUUCUAAUCAAUUAUAUCACGGCAACAGUAGUUAUCAGUGUUCUAAUCUAGACGUCUGAUCUGCCACUAAAUGUCCAAUCAGGCUAAAGUCGUGCUUCAAAUGCCCCCCCCCCCUUUUGGGGCGAUUUCAGUCAGGUUGAAAAUCGCCCCAGAAGUCUCUCAUAGACUCUCAUGUAAAACAUUUUUUUUUCAAAUAUCAGAGCUUUCAAUACAAUCUCUAUGGGUUUCUGAGGGCUUGCACUUACGCGCUUUCGUCAUACGUAACAUAACCAUGAACGUAACUAAGAAAAGAGCGGGUAGCAGCGUCAAUCAAUUCACGUACUACUAUCAAGAUGGCUAACGUUCAGUGCAACUCGAUUGUCUCUUUGAAAGAAGUUCACAUCAAAGACCAUUCAAAACGAGCUACUGGAGUGUAUGCUAGCGGUCAUGAGGGAACAUAUUGUGGAGGAGGUGAAGUCGGCGAACUUCGUAGCUAUCCAAGCUGACGAGACCACGGACGUUUCUACACAGACACAGCUGGUGCUUGUGCUGAGGUACAUAGAUAGCAACCACAAAGUGCAGGAGCGCUUUUUUGAGUUCCUUCCCAUCUCGGAAUCAACCUCAGUCUCAAUCGCCAGUGUGCUUUUGGAGAGACUGAACGGUAUUUUUGCCGACGACGAGAAAGUCAAACUGUGGUGCACUGGCACUGUACCAGGUUCUCAUGAGCUACAACCUCCAGGAGACGUUCUCUGAGACUGUGACUCUGUUGAACAUCCUCAUAACUACUCCAAUGACAACAGCUGAAGCUGAGAGAUGUUUCUCAACUUUGACACGAGUUAAGACAUUCCUGCGAAAUUCAAUGGGCCAGGAACGUCUGAAUGCACUGGCCAUGCUUUCCAUGGAGAGGGAACUAGUCCUCAGCAUGCCUGAUUUCAAUGAGAAAGUCAUUGACCGCUUUGCUGCAUUGAAAGAGAGAAGAGAACAGUUUCAGUACAAGUAAUGUAGCCUCUCUCUCUCUUUGUCCCUCCCUGUCUGUCUCUUUAACACACACACGCCCAAAUCAGUUCACAGUUGAUGUUGUUUAAAAUAGUUAUUUUUCAUUUUUAAAAAAAGUUAAAAAAAAAAAAAUAUCUGUUCAUGUUCAUUUUUACAAAUCUAUACAAUUGGCCAGAAUAUGGUUGUUCAUAUUUACAAAUCUAUACAAUUGGCCAGAAUAUGGUUGUUCAUUUUUACAAAGCCAUACAGAUAGCUGUGUUUACCUUUUCUAGAAAUUAUUUUCAAAUUCUGUUUUCAGGCAAAAUGUCUAUCACUGUUCAUUUUCACAAAUAUAUACAAGAGGGCAGAAUAUGGAAGUCUAUAAAAAUUUCUUAUUACCAAUAACUUGCAUCAAUGUUUUCAGUAGCCUCUAUCAAAAGCUCCUGCUUGCUUGUUGUGAAUUAUGCUCAGGUGCACAUAUUUCCAAUUCAACCAUGAGGCAAAAAAUGUGGUAAAAGCUCUUGUUGAUCCUGCAAUCUGAACAAAUACCAAGAUGCUGUAUUUUCAGCUGAUAUUUCAUUUGUUUAUGGAAAUGCAUAUUGUUUAUGCAGUGUUGAGGAAUGUGAAAGAACACCCUUGAUUAUUUUUAUAAUAAUAAUAUGCCAUUUAGCAGACGCUUUUAUCCAAAGCGACUUACAGUCAUGCGUGCAUACAUUUUUUUGUGUAUGGGUGGUCCCGGGGAUCGAACCCACUACCUUGGCGUUACAAGCGCCGUGCUCUACCAGCUGAGCUACAGAGGACCAUAACUUAUUUUGCUUUUGUAAGCCAACACUUUUGAGAUCAGUCAAUAAAUGCUUCUGGCAUUGACUUAUAUGCUGCCCCUGUCUUCAUGUUGUUGCUGGACAUAUCUUUUUGAAAAUGUGUGUAGGUCACCUAAAUCAUCAGAAAAAUUGCCCCCCCUGAGAAUUUUUUCAGGAGCCGCCACUGGAAGGCAGUUAGCCUCAAUGUCAACCUGCUGGAUCUGAACAAUGAGUUUCUAAAUGGCUCCCACCUGCCCAGUAGGAUAGAGAAGAGGGCCCUGCCAGAACACAUCCGACACUGCUUCUCCAUAGACAGCAACUCCAUCCAGAUAGGAGGUCUCCAUGCAGACUCUCCUGAUGAACUGGUGUGUGUUUGCAUGUGUGUGUGCAACCCACAGGUCUAUCUCUGUACAUAAUUAGUGGUCUUCCAUCUACCAUCCCAUAGUAGGAAAUGGUAUUGGCAUUGAUGGUUUGCUGUGCAGUAGCCUAUAGUUAUUAUAUGCUUGUCUUUUCUCUUAGGUGCGGGAGGCUGCUUAUAAAAUCUUUCUCUUCCCAAAUUCAAGUCUGCUGCUUUGUCUGGAUGACCUGCUGGCUUGUAGGAAUAAGCUAGCCAACUUAGUGGGCUAUGAAUCUUUUGCACACAGGGCUUUAAAUGGAACCAUGGCAAAGACCCCAGGUAAAGCACUCUGGCCAUUAACCUAAUUUCUUAGUGCUCCGCUGCUUGGAUAAACGAUUGAAUUGACUUUGAUUCUUCUAACAGAGAAGUGUGUACUGUGUUGACCAGUGUGUUGUGUAUGUUUUGUUUGGCAGAGAUUGUCAUGAAAUUCCUUGAAUUGCUGACAGACAAACUCUCAGACAGGUAUGGUACGAGUCAGAGACCCAGACACUGGCAUGACCACUCUGUACAACACACAAAUGUUUUGCCCAUCUCAAACAUAUUGUACAUGCGGCACAUGCUCACACAAGAAUGGCCCUAUUUCUCAAUUCAGAACUGCCAAAGAUUUUAAUCUGAUGAGGGAUAUGAAGAUGAAAAUGAACUCAAGAAGUACCGUGAGUCAUCUUAUAAAUGCAUUUAAUCAGCUCUCAUGGUUCUGACGUUCAUGUGUAGGAGAUCAUGACAAUCCUUUCAAUUUAUUUAUCUCAGGAACUCAUGCCAUGGGACCACCCCUACUUCAGCGGUGCUGUGCGGGCAGAGAGGUAAGAUACCUAUACAAAGGUAUAUAGUACUAUAAUAAACCUAUGUAUAUUUUCUCAGUGUACAGAAUAUAACUUGUCAACAAGGAAUCAUAGGGAAUAUCCUUAAUAAACAAUUGAAGGAUUGACAGGAGCUUUAUUUUCUACUAAAAGGCCUCUAGAGGGGGCUUGUGUAUUGCUUAACGGGAUUCAGAAAACAGUCUGCGAUAAGGCUAUGUUAUGAGUGUAUGUGUGUGUGCAGGUAUAAGAUAGAUCCCAGCCUGUACAGUCCUCAGUCUCCCUGGGGGCCUGCAUGGAGGGCCUCAUCAUGCUGUUCAGUCAGCUGCUGGGGGUCUCCUUCCAGAAUGAACAGCCCAUGGCAGGAGAGGUGUGGAGCGAAGACAUCCGCAAGCUGGUUAGAGAACAGUCUCUGUCUGUCUGAAUGGCACUUAACACCAAUGUCUGGGGGCCCCUUUGAGUGAAUUAGCAGAAAAUGUAAUAGUUGCUGCUUGGCUUUUUGUCAUUUUAAAGUCUCAUUACUCUGCUGUUUAGGUAGCUGGGGAUGGAUUUGCAGUCCUGCAUGGGGAUGCAGUCCUGCAUGUCCGUUGGUUCUCUUAACAGGCUGUUGUCCAUGAGGCAGAAGGUCUUCUGGGAUACAUCUACUGUGACUUCUUCCGAAGGCCUGACAAACCACACCAGGUUAUACAAGCUGCUGUAGAAAUACUGUCUAAAGCCUCUGCUAGAGUAAGACACCAGUGCUGAUCAUACCAAGGCCUUUACUGUGCCCCCAGGACUGCCACUUCACCAUCCGAGGGGGGCGUCUGAAGGAGGAUGGGCAGUACCAACAUCCUGUGGUUGUCCUGAUGCUGAGCCUGCCCCCUCCCACACGCAGCACCCCCACCCUGCUUACGCCAUGCACUCCAUGCUGGGACGCACACGCUACCAACACGUCACAGGUGACC